AUGAAAAUCCUUGAAUUCGUCGAAUUUAUGGGCAGCAUCUCAGAACCACCUCUGUUCGCCUACAGCAUCGUUGUCUAUUCUGAAGGCAGUCAAAUCUUUACUGCCCGCACCAGAGCUCGGCUGAACCGCAAGAAUGAUCUCGAGUCUAGCGAGCUCGAGCAAGUGGCACUCAUCCCGGAGUAUGCUUUCCAACCAGCAUUCUCGGAAAGGUUCACACGAGCAAUAUCAACGGAUCAAAGCUUUGUCAAACGACCUUGCUUGAGCUCCUACUCAACCAUCGGUGUCUCUCCCGAUACCAGUGUUGCAGAAGAGCUACUGCAAGAAGUCGAGGUGUGCGAGAUGCUCAGACGUCAUCCGCACCCUAAUAUCGCAGUAUACAAUGGCUGUGAGAUCGAAGAAGGCAGAAUCACUGGACUGUGUUUCCAGAAGUACACAGAGUCGUUGCAGCGAAGACUCAAUCCGGGACAUCUAGGCAAAGGCAUGUUUGCCGCAUCAUCACAGCAUUUCGAUCAUGAAUGGUGCAGUCGUAUCAUUAAGGGCGUCAAAGAUGCCUUAUACCAUCUACAUACCCUUGGUCUCGUUCACAAUGACUUGAACCCGGCGAACAUCAUGCUUGACACCAACGAGUCACCCAUAUUGAUCGACUUCGGCUCCACCAGAGCCAUUGGACAGAGUCUCGAGGAUGUUGGUCGCACGCCCGGAUGGUACAACUUCGAUGUCAAAACGGCCGAGACAAGUAACGACCUCGAGGCUCUUACCGAGAUAGAUGCAUGGAUGAGGGGGAGAACGUCUGAUCUGAAGUUUGAUGAAUGA